GCGCAGUAUCAAGGUUUUGAUCUGGCUGUGUGGACUGGUCAUGAGAGUGCAGGGCAGGCUGAACCUUUGCAUGGACACUGUGAGGAUCCGAGGGCUGUGCACGUCGUGCCAGGGGCACGCUGGCGGAUACGGUCGUGCUCGCGCCGACGACAGCGCGAAUGCGCAGAUGCUGCGUCUUGCCCGCCUUGUGCGGGUUUUGAGGCUGAUGCGACUUAUCCGGUACCUGAGGAACAGCGCCGGAUUUGAUUCGUUGUACGUCAUGAUGGCAUCGCUGAAAGGAGGCGUGGCGAUUCUAGCAUGGUCGUUCACGUUGUUGCUGAUUAUGCACGUGUUAUUAGCACUGGCCGUCAAUCAGGCUCUUCAUUUGUGGUAUUUUGACGAGAGCCAGGCCGAGGACCAAGCUGAGGUGUUCGAGUACUAUGGGAGUUUUUCCCGAUCACUCCUUACGAUGUUUGAGCUCACCCUUGCAAAUUGGAUAGUCCCAGCGAGGGUGCUGAUGGAGAAGGUUGGCCGUCGCGCCUUUGCGAGCAAGGCGGCGGAGCUGUCACGCCCUUUGUGCACGUGCAGCGCCAUCUCGACUGACUCCGCGUCGACUGCUCUG